AUAUAUACAACGGACACAGAUUUCACACAAAGUAUGCAAAUGGGCAGGGUCGAUAAGGAAUUUGAAUCGGACUACCCUAGGCCGUGUUGGAACCUAAGAUUCUUUCCCGAGGGAGAACGAAAUUGCUACAACAUCAAUGUCACGAAAGGCACAAAGUAUCUGAUAAGAGCCACGUUUGUAUACGGAAACUACGACCGGAGUAAUAUCAUCCCAACCUUCGACCUUUACCUAGGUCCCAAUAUUUGGACAAAGGUUGAAGCUAACGAUACAAUUAAGGAGAUUCGUGGCAGGUACCCGUAUGAUCUCUAUGAUCGUUUUUGGUUCCCAGUUUUCAAUGAAUCGCUCUGGAUACCAAUAACUACAAAUCUCAGCGAAAAUACUGGUAUCGCAUAUAAUCCGCCAGAAAGGGUAAUGAAAACGGCAGCAACACCUCUAGAUGCUAACGCGACGUUGGAUAUUGAAUGGACUGUAGAGUCUCCUACGACACAGUGUUAUCCCUACUUAUACUUUCCAGAGCUUCAGACUCUACAAGCAAACGAUACACGGGAAUUCAAUCUGAUGCUGAAUGGAGCAUUUUUAUAUGGACCUAUUCUUCCUACAUUAGACAUGGAAAUCGUGUAUGACAAGUUGCCAAAUCAAUGCACGGAUGGGAAAUGUGUAUUGCAGCUUACGAAAACACCAAGGUCAACUCUUCCUCCUAUUCUUAGCGCCUAUGAGGUAUACACCGUCAUGGAUUUCCCGCAAUUGGAGACGAAUGAUGAUGACGUUAAUGGUAUCAGGGAAGUUCAGGAUACCUAUGAUUUGAGAAGAAUCACUUGGCAAGGAGAUCCUUGUGUCCCCAACCAGUUUUCGUGGGAAGGUCUAAAGUGCAACCAGUCGGAUAAUUCAACACCACCCACGAUUAUUUCUUUAGACUUGUCUUCAAGUGGUUUAACGGGGGUGAUCGCGGAAGCAAUUCAAAAUCUAGCUCACCUUCAACAAUUAGACUUGUCAAACAACAGUUUGAGCGGAGGAGUACCUGACUUUCUGGCCGACAUGAAAUCUCUAUUUCUCAUAAAUUUAAGCGACAACAAUCUUAGCGGCUGGGUUCCGAAAACAAUUGUCGAGAAGAAAGGAUUGAAAUUUAAUGUUGAAGGCAACCCACAUAUCAUUAGCAAAUCCGGACCAUGUGUGAGUAAAGAAGAUAUCGUAGUACCAGUCUCUAUAGCAGUGGUUGUUACUUCCCUUGCUCUUCUUGUAACUGCACUAGUUAUCUUUUUCCUUUGCCGACAGAAAAGAGUCAUCGGGGAAGGAGGGUUUGGAAGCGUUUAUCUUGGUUCUGUCAAUGGUGCCGAACAAGUAGCUGUUAAGGUCCUCUCUCAUUCAUCUUCACAAGGAGAUAGAGAGUUCAGAGCCGAGCUACUUCUCAGGGUUCAUCACAAGAACUUGGUUGGCCUUGUUGGGUACUGUGACGAGGGAGAGAAUCUGGCACUCAUAUAUGAGUAUAUGGCCAAUGGAGAUCUAAAAGAACAUAUGUCAGGAAGAACACGUAAUAACUUUAUCAUGAGCUGGGAAAAUAGACUUAAGAUAGCCACCGAGACUGCACAAGAAAUUUUGUCACCAUGUGUGGAUUGAACAAUCAACGACAAUUUUGUAUUUACUUGAUUUCAUCAAAUCUUUUAGAUAUUUUUUAGAAAACGGACUCUGUUUCAAAACAGAGUGACUAAAUAAAACAGAGAAACAGAUCGUCUAUUUCUCUAUAGCUGUUUUCAAUAUUUCUUUCCCUUUAAAUGCUUUAUCAACUUCAUAUACACAAAUUUUUAAUACAAAAGUUUUCCUACG